GGCAAACAGAAAAGAGGCGUUAACCAUGGUGGCGAUCUCUCUCUACCGCGGGAACCUCCACCGGGUUCCCGAUGUCCCCCGGCGGUGGCCCAUGCCGCCGCCGGCCAUAUCCCUCCGCCACUUCAAGGUUCUCAUGCGCAAGCGAUCUCUAGCCCUCUCUCGCCUCGGCGCCUCCUCCUCCUCGUCCUCCGCCGCCGCCACCCUGGUUGGAACUCUAGACGCGAAGGAGGAGGAGAAGGGAAAGCAAGAAGCCGCAGGCCACAAUGGCGGCGCUAAACCCGACUCCCCGAAGGCGGAGAUUGCUUCCAAUCUCAAUUCCCAGACGUGGAAUUCCGAGCAAAAGAAGGGGGAGGAUAUGGAAGAGGGCAAGCCGUUGCACGAAUCCCAAGGACCCAAUGCUCCCGCCUCAAAUCCUCCUGUCGGCACCUCUGCCACAUCCGAGGAAGUUCGUGGUUCCGAGCUUGGCAAAGGUGGGACGGCUGAUGCGAAGUUGGAGGUGAGCGACAAUCUGAAUACUGCUGGUGACAAAAGGGAAAGGAAAAGAGAGUUGGAGAAGAAGUUGCAAGUCUUGAAUGAGAAGAAACACCAUCUUGUGCAAAUGCUGAAGCAGAUUUUAAAUGCUGAAGAAGAAAUAAAAAGACGAAAUGCGCAGCCAUAUGUUAUGCGUGCUUCUAUUCCUCCACAAGCAGAAACUUUAGUUGACAUGGGUUCUGUUACCAGACAGGUUCCCAAGAUUAGCGUGGAUGUAAAUUUCAGUGGUGAUUUAGGUGGGGAAUCAGAUCUUGCUGCUAACCACAAUACUCAAGCGUGUCAGUUGAAUCACUUGCAUGGCACAUCUCCAUCUGCAGUAUCUUUUUCCAGAAAUCCAUUUGGCUCUUUACAACAUAACACAGUCCAUUCCCCUAGGCCGAGUUUGGCAGCUGUUGGCCAUGGGCAAACGACAUCCAAUGCAUUGAUGGGUACUGCCAUUGCUAGUCCUUCCCGCUUUGCUCCUGCUGGUCACCAGGGCCAUUCUAUGGGUCUUCCACCUGUCUCAUUACCUGGCACCAAUUACAUGGCAUUGUCACCAUCGCCAGCAGCAUCUGGAGCGCAUCUCUGUUCUUGUGAAAAGAUCGAGGUCCUAUAUGCCAAAGAGACUGAGAUUCUUCAGGCCGUGUUACGAAUUUAGAACAAACAGAUGAAUCCAGAAAAAAAUCCAACUAGCACUUGUGGAUUUCGCUGUCUAUGAUCAUGCCAGUCUCUUGUCCAGUGUUGUAGCUUCUCCUUAAUGCAUGGGAUGUCCAGUGUAAAUAAUUUUUUCAGCUGUCUAAGUCAAAAUAUUCUCCGAAUCAUCAUCGAAAGGCUUUGGGGUUUCAUUUUGUCCAUCGACUUUGACCUCUCUAGUUUCUGUACAUCAAACUUUGUUGUAACUCUUCCAUCUAUAAUCUUUCAAACUGUA